CGCACCUGUUCGAACAAUUGACGAGCCGAAACGAGCGAAGCUCCCUAUCACCACAAAACCCCGUAACCCCGCCCCAAACCCUAAUUCAACUCCCCGUCCUCUUUAUGCCGCCCUUGCCGCCUUGUCUCCGCCGGUCAAAUGCGUCGCCGAUUACCACAGAUGCUGCUGCUCUGUUAUAUUCUGACAGUCAGGUUGUUGUAUAGAGCUUGACGAUAGGAGUGAGAAAAUGGAGAUAAAAUAUUCAAUUGAUGAUAUCGUGGUCCAGGAUCCUCCGACAGAGGAGUUCUCUGCCUCUGACCUUACAUGGACCAAGUAUGAAAGCUUUGAGCAUCAUGUGGAUGAUGUUGCACUCAUUCCUUAUGAACGAGUUGAAGCCUUUAUCAAUGGAGAAUGCUCAAUUGCUGAACACCCUACUCGAUUCCACAUUGAAAGAGGAAGAAAGAGAGAGAAGGGCAGCCUGAAGGAAAACAAAAGUGAUGAAUACCUUCUAUACAGGCUGUACUGGUGUUCUUUUGGUCCUGAGAAUUAUGGAGAGGGGGGAACUAUAUUGCCUAGCAGAAGAUAUAGACUUAACACAAGAAAUCGUGCUGCUCGGCCACAAUCCAUGCGUGGUUGCACUUGCCAUUUUGCCAUCAAAUGCUUGUAUGCACGACCAUCAGUUGCUCUUAUCAUAUAUCAUGAGAGGAGACAUGUGAACAAAUCUGGUUUCAUAUGCCAUGGUCCUCUUGAUCGAGAUGCAAUUGGCCCAGGUGCUAAGAAAGUCCCCUACAUAUGCAGUGAAAUCCAACAACAGACCAUGUCCUUGAUUUAUCUUGGUAUUCCUGAAGAAAAUAUAUUGCAAACUCAUAUAGAGGGUGUCCAACGUUAUUGUGGUCCAAAUGCAAGUGACAAUAGUCUUGCUUCUCAGUAUGUCCAGAAGCUUGGAAUGAUCAUCAAGAGAUCCACACACGAGCUAGAUUUGGAUGACCAAGCUAGUAUUCGCAUGUGGGUGGAGAAAAAUAAGAAAUCCGUGUUCUUCUACCAGGAUUCUUCAGAGACUGAUCCAUUCAUAUUAGGAAUUCAAACAGAGUGGCAGUUGCAGCAGAUGAUUAGGUUCUGUCAUCAAAGCAUUGUAGCAUGUGACUCAUCAUUCGGCAUAAGUAAGCUCAAGUAUCCAUUAUAUACACUCCUUGCUUUUGACUCUAGGCAACAUGCUUUACCUGUUGCUUGGGUCAUAACCCGAACUAUCACUAAGCAGGAUGUUGCUAAAUGGAUGAAAGCUCUCAUGGACAGGAUUCACGCUGUUGAUUCUUUUUGGGGAAUUGGUGGGUUUAUUAUCGAUGAUCCAGCUUUAGAGAUGGACCCUAUUAGGGAAAUUUUUUGCUCUCCCAUUCUCUUCUCACUAUGGAGAAUUCGUAAAUCAUGGCUCAAGAAUGUUGUAAAGAAAUGUGGUCACAUUGAAGUUCAGCGAGAACUAUUCAAACGUUUGGGCAAGAUAAUGUACAGCAUAUGGACCAAAGAUAAUCCUAUGGAUAUCAUGGAAGAAUUAUUUCAGGAUUUCAUUGAUCAAACCGCCUUCCUUCAGUAUUUCAAAGCAUUUUGGGUUCCAAAAAUUGAGAUGUGGCUUGGAACUAUUAAGAGUCUACCACUUUCUAGCCAGGAGUCCUGUGGCGCCAUUGAAGGAUAUCAUACAAAGCUGAAGCUGAAAGUCUAUGAUGAUUCUCAUCUUGGUGCGCUCCAGCGGGUGGAUUGGUUAGUUCACAAGCUAACAACUGAAAUUCAUUCUGGUUAUUGGCUUGACCUCUAUGCUGAUGAAAGCGGGUCCUUCCAAUCAGUCAAAGAGGAAUACAUAUUUUCCACUUCGUGGCACAGGGCCAAGCUGAUUUCAGAUGAUGCUGUUAUAUUUGAUGAUAAAGAGCACCAUUUUGCUAAGGUUCAAAGCAAGAAGCAUUGUGGUCAAGAAUACGUGGUCUGGAAUCCGGGAUCAGAAUUUGCUCUCUGCGAUUGUUCGUGGUCAAUGCAAGGCAACCUAUGCAAGCAUAUUAUAAAGGUUAACUUGCUCUGCCAACACAGAAAACAGCACCUGCCUUCAAUGUCAUUCCUCUCAUUUCAGGAUGUCUUGCUUGAUCAUUUGAAGAGACCAAUGGAUGACUCACUCGCACUUGAUCUAUCCAUGGCAUGGGCUAGCCAAAUGCAACACAAGAUACAAAGAAUUGUGGAACUUACUACUACUGGUGAUAUCGCCACAGUGACUCAGAAAUUGCUCUUAAAAUGGGCUUGUAGGAAAGGAAGGACAUCAGCCGGUAAGCCAUCGACUACUAUUGCUCUUUCUACCACAACCAACGGGAAAAUUACAAAGAGAGUUACAGCUAAGAGGAAGAGCCGCAAGCGCAAGAGAAUCUAGGGUCAAGUAGUUCCGUUGAAUUUUACAUUUCUUCAAAGUGAUUGUCAAUAUGUUGGCCAUGGCUUAAACCGGAAAGUUAGCUGUGGAGAUUUUUCUCCAGAUUUUUUUCUUCUUUUGAUUAUUUUAGCUGAUUGAAUAUACGGAAGAUUCAGUUGAAAUUCUUUAUAAAAUUAUUGCCUCAAGCUAUAUAUCUUUA